AUGUUGCGAGUACCGUUUUUGAAUUGACAGUAAUUGUCAAAUUCUGUCUGCUAUUUUCUAACAAUCUGCGCUCUUUGGGAGAGGUCAGGGGAGAAGUAAGAUUUAAAAGAGUUAAAUCAAAACAAAACCAUGGUAUUUUCAAGACUUUAUAAUCCUAGUGUCCGCUUGGGAGCCGGAGGUAGAACAGUAUUAAAAUUUUGUAAAGAAUCUUUCUCCCCUCGAAUAGCAACUAUGGCUGACUUCAGAAUUGAGAAGGAUACAUUUGGAGAAUUGAAAGUACCUUCAGAUAAAUAUUAUGGAGCACAGACUGUUAGAUCUACGAUUAAUUUUCCUAUUGGAGGUGAAUUUGAACGAAUGCCUUAUCCCGUCAUAACAGCAAUGGGUAUUUUGAAAAAGGCAGCAGCAAUAGUGAACAAGGACUAUGGCCUAGAUCCCAAAGUAGCCGAUGCCAUUGUGAAAGCUGCAGAUGAUGUUAUUUCGGGAAAAUUAUAUUGUGAUCAUUUUCCUCUCGUUAUCUGGCAAACUGGAUCUGGUACCCAGACUAACAUGAAUACUAAUGAAGUUAUAAGUAACCGGGCCAUAGAAAUAUUGGGAGGUAAACUUGGUUCAAAAGAUCCUGUCCAUCCAAAUGACCACGUAAAUAAGAGUCAGAGCAGCAACGACACUUUCCCUACAGCUAUGCACAUUGCCGUUGCCGUUGAAAUUGAACACACUUUGUUACCGGGAUUAAAAGCUUUACACGAAGGACUAGACAAAAAAUCCAAAGAAUUUAAAGAUAUAAUAAAAAUAGGGAGGACACAUACACAAGAUGCCGUACCGUUAACUUUGGGUCAAGAAUUUAGUGGUUACACACAACAGAUGGCUUUCGCAAUUGAUAGAAUUAAUGCUACAUUACCAAGGGUAAGAAUGCUGGCUUUGGGAGGUACUGCUGUCGGUACUGGUUUGAAUACAAGAAAAGGUUUUGCUGAAAAAUGUGCCGCGAAAAUCUCGGAAUUGACUGGUUUACCUUUCACUUCCGCACCAAAUAAAUUUGAAGCGCUAGCUGCUCGUGAUGCAAUGGUCGAGGUAUCUGGAGCUUUGAAUGUCAUAGCUGUAUCUCUAAUGAAAAUCGCCAAUGAUAUUAGAUUUUUAGCAUCUGGUCCCCGUUGUGGUUUAGGAGAACUCUCUCUUCCCGAAAAUGAACCAGGUAGUUCUAUUAUGCCGGGAAAAGUCAAUCCUACUCAGUGUGAAGCUAUUACAAUGGUUGCGGCUCAAGUAAUGGGUAACCACGUUGCUGUUACCAUCGGUGGUGCUAACGGUCACUUUGAACUUAACGUUUUCAAGCCUAUGAUUGUAUCCAACGUACUUAGGUCGAUAAGACUAUUAGGUGAUAGUACCAAAUGCUUCACCAAGAAUUGCGUCGAUGGAAUUAAAGCAAAUACUGAAAGAAUAGAUAAAUUAUUGAACGAAAGUUUGAUGUUGGUUACGGCAUUGAAUCCCCAUAUUGGAUAUGAUAAAGCCGCUCUGAUUGCCAAGACGGCUCACAAAGAAAAUUCAACUUUGAAGAAAACCGCUGUGAAAUUGGGAAUACUUACAGAACAACAGUUUGACGAAUGGGUGAAACCGUCUGAAAUGAUUGGACCUAAAUAAUGUAAUAGAUAAUGGAUGGUGUUAUAUUUAAAAAUUUUGUUCUUUUCAUUGAAUUAUAAUAUUUAUUUAUGAACAUGAAUGUGUUGAAUUUUUUUUUAAUUGGAGAUAACAAUAUUUGUUUGUGAGAAGCAUUUUACAGAAAAAAACUGUUUGAAAACAUCCAGUAAAUAUCAGUCAAGCUACUGGGUAUGUUUCAGUUGAUAUCCAGUAAUUUGCCCUGGUAGUAUCGGUAAAAUAAGAGUCAGGUCAGCAACUUUCUUCCAAACUUUAAGCUGCCCAAGUUUCUAAUCAACUCUGAAUCGUCUAUAAAUCGAAUUGUUCUCUUCUGUAUUGAGUCGAACCUCUUCAGGGUAUGCUUGGGAGCCGAGCUCCAAAUAUGAGAGCAAUAUUCCAAAGAUGGAUAUUUGCAAAUGAAGUUAAAAUUGAAUUGUUUGGUUCGCCGCUGAGGUAAUUUAUUUUUUAUAGAUGAACUUAAAAAGAGGAUAGAAUAGCUCCUUGUUAGAAUAAGGAAAUAAAUAUGUUCUAAUACAAUCAUUGUUUAUUUAGAAAAAAGUCUGGAAAGCUCAAAAUUGUUGCAAAUUUUAAUUACUUCAAGCUGUUAUAAAGCAAAAUGAACUAUUUACUUUUGAGUCAGUCAGAUGCCGUCACAAUUAAGUCUGCUAUGUGUGCAGAUACAUGUCACUAAUCAGGUGACAAACAGUUCGUGACUUCAGUCACUUUUGAGUUUAGUUUCUUGUUAAUUUCUCCAUGUGUAUUGGGCAUUAGAUCAAAGUUAUAUUUUCAACAAAUUCAUCAUAAAAAUGUGCAAAUAUAAUUUUGACCACGAUUUGCGCCUAUUUGCAGAGGGGAUAAAAUAGGAAAGGUUAAAAGGUCAGAUAAAAGAUAGAAAGAAUUCAACUAAAAUAAUUUUUAUUAAUAAUACAAUUUACAGUUUU